ACUGUUUGUUUUAACUUGCUUAUACUAUGAUGAAACUAUGCAUUUUUAUCUAUUAAAUGCUAAUAAUCAAUUAAUAUAUUUAUAUUCAAUGCAUUAAUUAUAUUAUUAUCCUUUGAUAUUUGAUAAAAUUGCAUGAUCUGAAGUAUGUGAUUCAUUAAAUUAACAAAUUAAAUUUUUUAACAUUUCUGUCUAUCAAAUGCGAUUUUCCACUGCUGAUUUAAAGUGGUAUUGAAAUACAUCAUAAAAUUGGAUUGAAGUAGUGAGCACGUGAUCUUCAGACGAUAUAUAUUGUUAACAAGACGAUCUUUACGAUCUUCCCUUCCACCAGCAUUAUGAAGAUCUUUGUUCUGUUACUGUGUCUGGCUCUUCUCGGAGUUGCUCAAGCUCUGAGACGAUCAGAUGAAAAUUUCUUUAUGCAGCAUGGUAUUAUGACAAACUGCCGUGGAAACACGACUUUUGGAUCUUUCUCUUGGUGCACCAUGCGUUGUGAUAAUAUGAUGCACCCGUUCAAAGACUGCAAUCGGCCGUCUCAGUUGGGAUGCGUGUGCAAGAGAGGCUACAUCCCUCUCGAUGCUAAUUUGAAAAAGCUUCGAUGUGUUAAGCUGUAUGACUGCCCGAUCUGGGGAGAAGGUCGAUCUUUGUACUGAGAUGCGGCGUUGUACAGAAAUGAUUCAUUCAAAUAAAGCAUGUCUUCUGAGCAAUCAUCUCAUAUUUCAUUACAAUAAAAAUUCCUUUCUAUCAUGUG